CCGGCGGUGGGUGUAAGAGGACGCGCGCACCUUGCCUCGAGGUUGGUCACUUCUGCUUCAAGCCUGGGCCAGCAGCAGCCUGGAAAGCCAUCACCUCGAGGGAUCCUGAGUGGUGGCAGGGUCCACCAUCCAACCCAUUGGAGCGAGGAGAGCGCGGCCAGCGACGCCUUACUGUCAUGUGAUGUUUGUAUUUCCGAAGUUCACGACCGACUGCCCGCUGCUUUGUUGAGAGGCGCGUUGUAACUUUGACCUUUGUGGCAUGUGAUGCCCAUGUCUGCCCACUCUGAGGACGUCGCUGUGUAAUGAAAAGUAUAAUAAACUGUGAGUGACUGUGACAGUGAAAGGGGAUCGGCGCCCGCGUCCGCCAAGACUGUGUUCAGCGUGAACCAGCCUCACUUUUCUCCAGCCAGACCACCGAAAUAUAAUGUCCAUGUUGGUGCGACGAGGAACCAUGUGUCACCGCAACUCUUCGCGCCGCCUGCAGCGCAAGAACCAGCAGCAGAGGGCUGCGAUGCAGCUGCAGGGGCGGCCGGGCUCUGCCAAGGCUCGCUCCCCAGGCGUCUCGCAGCCUCAGACGCCUGCUGGGGGACCGUCCUCUUCGAAAGGGGUGACGCCAUCCACCAGCAGAGAUGGCGUCCGGAGCUCAGAAGGCGGCGGGGGACUGUCAGGAAGGCCUUGGUCUGAACCUACAUCCCGCCGUUCCUCUCAAGGCUUCAAUAGUGUAAGUCCCUCCUUCUCGUUACUCCCCUGCCACUAACCCCUGUCCUCAGCCGUGCCUUGUGAACUUGAGAACUGAAGGUACGAUAUUUGUCAACCCGCGAGUGGUGAGGGUUACGGGAGGUUGUUGCUCUGACCUGCCGCUAACUUUU